CCUUUCGUGGAAGUCUUUAUUAACUGACACGCCACCACAUUUCACCGCUUGUGGUGUUUACUAAACUGAAUUUGUGUCUCUUCAGUGUCCCUUCCAUCCCCGGGUAACCUCAUGGAGGUGCAGCUGCCGAUUGUGGGUAACAGAGAGUGUACCUGUACCUUUGGACCGAGCAUCAUCACAAGCAACAAGAUGUGCUCCGGGUUCAGUGCUGGAGGGAUGGACAUCUGUCAGGGGGAUUCAGGAGGUGCGCUGGUGAGCAAGCAGGGCGGUCGCUGGAUCCAGGGGGGAAUCGUGGUCUUUACCAGUAGUCUGGGCUGUGCCGUGCCUAAUAUCCCAUCAGGCUACACCCGGGUGUCCCAGUAUCAGUCCUGGAUCAACAGCCAGAUCACCAGCAACCGGCCAGGCUUCUACACCUACACGUCCACUGGGACUGACGGUGACCUCAGCGUCACCUGUCAACCACCAUGAAGCACACACUAAUGGUGAUCUGGCGGUGAGCAGAGCGGCUCUUGGUUCCAGGCAGCAGUGUUAUUAGUUGGAAACAAUCAACAACGCCACCUUCCUGGCUCAGACACCAACACCACCAGCAACAACAGCAACAGCACAGCUGCCGGCAACAUACCAACUACCAGCGGGGGCGCUCCUGCUCACUCCCCCUUCUUCUUCUUCCAGCUCCACAUCUUCUCUGUGUGACAGAAGGUUUUUGAAGGAUCCAGUUGUUACGCAAAGACAAGAUGAUAAUUUGUCAUUUACAUAAAACUUCCCCUUCAAAUAACUGAAAACAGGAUGGUGUUUAUUGAUUACAUUGCAGGUAUAUUAAACUCACGCUGUCAUAGAAUUUUCUGAAGUCAUUAACAAAUGGAUUAAAAAACAUAAGGAGCAUAUUUUAGAGGUCAGAGGAACACAUGUCCAUCAUCACCUAUCUGAGCUAGUGUACCUUAAUGUAAAAUUAUAUCUAAAGUGAACAAGCAGCUUUUGCUCUAAAAAAUACUUAAACUGAACUUUACAUUAAUAAUUUGGUUUGAAAGAUAAAUGUCAAUUUUAAGUCUUGUCAAGUUUUGCCGUGGCAACAACUGUCCUGUAGAUGUGAAAGUGCUGAACUAUUAACCCCUUUGGAAUUUUUUUUAUCACAAUAACCUGAUUUUUAAUUAAGGGAAAUCCUUUCUGUCGGCUUUGAGCACAUGUAUGAACUCAACUCAUGCAGUCUAAUCUAAAUGUCCUGCAGUAAAUCCUCCUUCAUGAUGGUUAUAAUCUGUUUGUGUUGAAACUGUUUUAGAGACGUGCUGAUUCAACUGUAUGGUCAUUUUGGAGGCUGAAGUUGUGUUUUGUAGCCACAUGCAUGUAUCAAAAUAAAUAAAUUUUUUUUGCUACA